UGCUCGUCCAGGUUCACAGAGGCAGAAAGAUGGGUGGCACGUCAGCCCCGAAAACAGUCUCCACCAGGGGAUCCGAAAAUCAGGAAAACCGCUGGAUUGUCUCUGGCCUGUGCAACUCUGCUUUGUGGCCAUUGUUGACUUCAUUUCAAAACAGUCCUGGUGGUGACCCACAAUCCAGCCAGAGGAUCUCCACACAUCUUGGCUGGAUCAUUAUCACUCCCCUUCUCUGCAUCCGUGCUGGACACUUCAUCACAGUGGGGACCUUUCAUGGAUUAUGCCUUAAUAUUCCGAUCUGCAUACAAUUCCUCUGUAAUGGAUCCAGCACAAACGGAUUGUGACGGGCUGGACGAAUAUAUCCUACGCCAAAUGCUAGACAUGAGGAAUGGAUACGCAAUAUGUAAAACAAUGCAGGCUGCUGCUUCCUCCUGAUCUGAGACCAACAGAGGAGGUCAGGUAAGCUCAUCACCAUGGUGACCUUCUCUGAGACGACACAGAUCUCCCCCAUGGAGCUGCGUGAACCGACCUGCAUGGCCGCGAGCCUGUCCCCUGGGCUGCGGCGGAAGAAGAUGCUCUGGAAGAACGCUGUAAAACACAUCAUCAUCCAGCAGGAGCUAAGCGACCAGGUGGGUGUGGAGCCAGCAAGAAAAAUAUUUGUGACGGAUACCUACAUGGAGGAGAUCAACAGACAAAUCCGCAACAAGGCGUCACGCGGGGUCACAAAGCGCCGCUCCUCCACAUUCAGAGUGAACCCUUACCAGUCCCGUGGCUCCACCAGCACACACACCAGUGCCAGGGGUUCUAUUAAUGAAUACGGCAGCGAUGCCGACUUCUUCGUGCACUGGGGCCACACUAUCCGCGGAGUCUACAUCCCCAGCCUGAGGCACACCUUUAAGUCUUGUGAUUUGGAGAAACUCUACCAGCAACACUACUCCCACCAAAGACGCAACUCUCUCGCCAUCACCAAUGUCAUCGACGCCUUGGCCAAGUUGCAUGUCUUGGUCAUGUACCUUGCAAUGGUGCCUGAGGCAGUCACAGACAGUCUGCGGGGCUGCCUGACGGGCAUUUUCAUGGUGUUCGCUGUGGCGCUGUGCAUCGUGGUGUUGACCUGCAAGGACUCCAUGUCCCCACGGUGGCUUCACUACGCCGGCCUGUUGAGCUGGUUUUCGCAGACCACGCAGGUGCUGGGAGGACUGGUGUAUGGACUGGAGAAGGACCCAUCGUGGUAUGUUUUGUUCACCUUGUUCGCCACGUACACGCUGCUGCCGUUACCCCUGCUGUGGGCCAUGUGCGCCGGCUCCCUGACCUCAGUACUGCAACUGCUGGUGGAGGUACUGCGCUACUACAACGAUGCCGCGCUUUUGAGAAAGGUGUUUGCCCAAGGCCUGCUGUACCUAGGAAUGAACACAGCCGGCUUGUUCAUCCACUACCUGACAGACCACGCCCAGAGACAGGUCUUCCUGGAGACACGGCGCUGCAUUGAGGGUCGCCUCAAGCUCGAGCAAGAGAACCAGAGACAAGAGCGUCUGGUGCUGUCCAUCCUGCCUCGUUUUGUUGCCUUGGAGAUGAUUGCUGACAUGAGCUCUUUGGAUGACGAACUUAACCAUCAUGAGUUUCACAAGAUCUACAUUCACCAGUACAAAGAUGUCAGCAUUCUUUUUGCAGACAUCAAGGGCUUCACCUUGUUGUCCAUGAACCUGUCGGCCCAGGAUCUGGUCCGAACCCUCAACGAGCUCUUUGGACGCUUUGACCGACUAGCAGAUGAGCACCACUGCCUGCGGAUAAAGAUUCUGGGAGACUGUUACUACUGUGUGUCAGGGGUCCCUGAGCCACAGCGUGCCCAUGCCCGUCAUUGUGUUGAGUUGGGCCUGGACAUGAUCAGCACCAUACGGUCCGUGAGGAAGCAGUUCAACUUUGACAUGGACAUGAGGAUUGGGAUCCACUCGGGCUCUGUCCUGUGUGGGGUGCUGGGCUUGCAGAAAUGGCAGUUUGACGUCUGGUCCUGGGACGUGGGCAUUGCCAACAUGCUGGAAGCCGGGGGCAAACCAGGACGCAUCCACAUCUCAAGGGCCACUCUGGACUGUCUAGAAGGCACCUACAGGACCGAAGCUGGCCACGGCCGCGACAGGAACGAGUUCCUGCUCAAACACAACAUCGACACUUUCCUCAUCGUCUCUCAGGAGGAAAAGAAAAAAGUUGGUUGUGCUGAGGUCCCGAAGGUCCAGAAAACUAAUCGAACCUGGAACCCAGAGCUGCCCAUUGAAAGAAAUGGCAACGACAUGAACAGUAUACUGGCCUCCCUUACGAACGGCUCACUGCCCAACUUAUGGCAGUCCACCUCCAAGGAGAUCAACAAACGCAUCAAACACGCUAUUGAGGUUCAAAGCAGUGAGCGCAUGCACAGGGAGCACAUCACCCCUCUGACCCUGGUGUUCAAAGACGCACACAUCGAGGACAAGUUCUCCCAGAUGAGGGAUGAAAUGUUCAACUCCAACCUGGUCUGCUCCUUCAUCAUGCUCCUCUUUCUCAUGGCUGUCCAGGCCCUCAUUCCCGCGCCCAGGCUGUUCCCGGCCGUCAUCCAUUUUUCCGUCUUCCUGCUCGUCUACAUGCUGCUGCUGAUGUUGGCCCUGGCUGAAGAGUUCAGGUGCAGUCCUUCACUACUGCAGUACUUAUGCUGCUGGAUCCAUGAAAACAACAGCGCCCGCAACCUCCUCACCCUCACCGCCAUCGUCCUCAACUUUGGCUUGGUCUCUGUUGACAUGGUAUGGUGCAUUCUGUCAGACACAGGUGAGGCAGAUGUAAUGGACAGAACCAACUCAGCCUCACGUCCACUCAGCGUCUGCACUUACCCUGAGGUCUUCAUACUGAGCGGCGUAAUCGCCAUGGUGACGUGUGCCGUGUUCCUGCGCCUAAACUCUCUGCUGAAGCUGGCGGUGUUGCUGCUGGCGAUGGCCGUCUACUCCUACCUCAUCCACCUGGCCUUCCUCACUCUCGCACGCCACGAUACACUGCACAGAUCUCAUUAUAUCCGGAUGAAAGGAAUCUCCAUCCUUCUCAUGGCCAUGUUUAUUGUUGCUGUCUUCUACAAUGGACGGCAGUGGGAGGCCACUGCCAGACUGGACUUCCUGUGGCGUCUACAGGCCCAACAGGAAGUGGAGGACAUGAGGGAAUUGCGGGAACACAAUGAGUGUCUGUUACACAACAUCCUGCCGGUGCAUGUGACGCGACAUUUUCUGGACCGGAGCAAGAAUGAUGAGGAGCUUUACUCCCAGUCCUACGAUGAAGUUGGUGUCAUGUUUGCCUCCGUCGCUGGAUUCAACGAGUACUUUGAGCAGAAAGAGAUCAAACAUGAAGGAGUGGACUGCCUCCGACUUCUAAAUGAGAUCAUUGCUGGCUUUGAUGAGUUGUUGGAGGAGUCGUACUUCCACUAUGUGGAGAAGAUCAAGACCAUCGGGAGCUGCUACAUGGCAGCUUCUGGCUUAGCUCCAGACCGCCAGGCAUCUAUGGAUGAAUGGAAUCACCUGAGCGAGCUGGUUUUGUUUGCACUGGCAAUGGAAGAAACCUUGAAAGAGAUCAACAGGCUCUCAGCCCAAAACUUUCUGCUGCGUGUUGGCAUUGCCCACGGGCCAGUGGUCGCAGGGGUGAUCGGUGCCACCAAGCCGCAGUAUGACAUCUGGGGGUCAACGGUGAACCUGGCCAGCCGUAUGGACAGCACGGGUGUGAGCGGGCGUAUCCAGGUACCUGAGGCCACGCGCAGGAUCCUGGCAGAAUGGGGUUUUAUCUUGGAGCUACGUGGAGAAAUCUUCGUCAAGGGGGUGAGCGAGUAUCGGGGGAAAGUCCGUACCUAUUUCAUCAGCAACAUGCGCAGCAAGAGGGCCAGUGUUGGGACAGAUGGUCACCUGGGGGUGCGGACAGGAGGACGCAUGUCACUUGCAAAGGUGGUGUUUGGUCUCGUCCAGGCCAGACACAAGGAAAAGAUGAGAGGGACCAACGGAGCGUUCGGUCUGACUCCCUGCAGACUUCAAUGCUGAGGGGACGUUCAAGGUCCGAUGACUGCAGGUGGCGGAGCACACAGCCCGGCCAUAUUGUUUCUACUGGUUUACAGUUUUCUUGUUUGUGUUUCUUACUUUGCCUUGCCAUAACUAAAUUAGCUGCCCAACUGCUAGGAUCCAAAGCCUACCAGAGCCUUUGUUCCUGUUUACUCGAGGACCGUGUCCUCCUCGGCUUUCCUGUCGUCUAAAAAAUAUACAUAUUUUGGAAUGUAAUGGGGAACACAACCUACAUUUAGAUUCCCAAUAUGUUAUUUUCAUGGCCCAGGAAAGUUAAAUCAGUAUUUGUGAACAUGAGCCACUCACUCUUGUAGCCGGAAACCAGAGAAGUGAGUCUCGAACUUCCAGCUCCAGACUUUGUACCUGAAGACAUCACAUAGUUUAAGCACUUGGGAGAAAGUUGUUCAUAUUUACUCCGAUUUUUUAGACUGUCUUAGACCAAAGGGAUAACAUGUAAUAAUUUUGAAAAUGGCUGCAGAUUCCCUUCAAUGGACGAACAGGUUCACUUUGUACAAAACUAAAGAAGGCCAACGUGUCUAUAUUUUUUCUACAGAGGUCUACAGACCUCUAAGCCAAAAUACCUCAAGACAACCAGCUCAACCUCUCAUAGACUUUCUAAUGGCCUAUACAGUGCUGACUAGUGUUUUUUUUACUGUAUAAUAAUGCAUUAUUCUCAAAAUGUUGACUAUGUUUUGUAUUUUGAGUUGACACAAUACUAAGCUAAGCUAAUGUUAUUCAAGAUUUUCAAAGACACGUUUUAGUGGGACUUUGGUCGACAUAAUAAGUCUCAUUAUUUAUGAAUCGAUUGCUUUUUGCUUUUCAUAUUGCUGUAAAUACGUUUUAUCAGUGUACACCUCACCACUUUUGAGGUAUUUCUUGUCAGCUUUCACGUUAAUAUCUGUGUCGUGCUGGAUUUCUGACAUUUUUGACAAAGACAUAGCACACAGGGAUUCAGUUUUGCCUCGGUACACAAUCGUUACGUGACUACAGAUGUAUUUCUAACGUGGAGUUUCACUGCCACGUUUCUGGAACGUGCCAUGUCAUUCCUCCUCUUGCAUACUAAAACCAAGAAGGUUAUCUUCCCAUGUAAUAAGGGUGUAAUAAUACAUUUAACAUGUUUUCACUGCUAAUUAUUAUGUGUGUUUAAUGUUGUGGUGGAGGACAAGUUCUUCUAUGGGAUUUCCUGAGGAAUGUAUCAAGUAAGUUCAAAAACAAAGAAACUCAAUAGGAAUAAAUGAAUAUUGAUUUUUCCAUGAUCUAAAUGUUUAUACCUCACUUGGCUGGGAGUUUAAAAUAAAGCUUUGUUUUCUAAAAGUG